UUCGCUGUACAACGACCCGCACAGUACACCAUACUUUUAAGUCUCCGUGACCUUCCAUAUCUGCAGUUCGAGUGCAUAAUCUGUUCUUCUUUACGUGUGUACGCAGUCGUUCAACAACCAUGCCUGAGUUAGGAUACUGGAAAAUUCGUGGGCUUGCCCAGCCAAUCAGAUUGCUCCUUACAUAUGCAGGAGAAGAGUUUACAGACACUGUAUACGAACAAGGAGACCCACCAGGAUUGAGCAGAGAGGCAUGGACUAGUGUAAAACCUAAAUUUGGGGAACUGCUGGACUUUCCAAAUCUACCAUAUUAUAUUGACGGUGAUGUAAAAAUAACUCAGAGUAACGCCAUUCUGAAGCAUAUCGCCAGAAAACAUAAUUUAGAUGGAUCCACAGCUAAAGAAAAAGCAACUGUUGACAUGCUUUUAGAUCAAGCUAUGGAUCUGAGAAAUGGGGUGGUCAGAUUAUGUUAUAAUAAAGAUUACGCAAGCUUAAAAGACGAGUAUUUCAAAAAUGUUCAAACUUCUCUGGCACUUUUCGAAAAGAAGCUUGGAGACAACAAGUGGUUUACCGGUGAUAAGAUAACUGUGGUUGACUUCCCAAUGUACGAGCUUUUGGAACAACAUACCCGUAUGAAAUCUGAUUCACUAGACGCAUACCCGAAACUUAAAGCAUUCCUCGGAAGAUUCCAGGAGUUACCGAAAGUGAAAGAGUAUCUCGCGCAGGAAAGUGUCCGCAAUAUGCCAAUCAACAACAAAUCUGCCGCAUUCAGAUAAAAAAAAAUCAAGUAGGACAUUGCUACGCAGCCAUAAUGUAAUAAAAUGUUCGAAAAAACUCGCCUCCUUUGAAAGUUGUAAAUGGUAUUAACAGUUCUUUAAACUUUAUUGUUCGGAUAUCUUUUGUAAUAUAGAGUUUUUAAGGUUUUUGUAAUAUAGUGCUUUUAAGAAUGGCUUCAUUAAUGACUUCAAAUAAUUUUAUCUUGAAGUAUUUUAAGCAGAGAUUUUUAUUUUAUUUUUUUACAACGAAUAGGCACAAUUGGUCUCAGAUUUGUCUCACACGACAGCAGACGACAUUCUCAAAAAAUGACGUCAUACUAGCUCUUAAAUUAGUUUUUUAAUGCUUCCAUUAAAUAAUUUUUAUGCGUUUAGCAAAACAUUUUUAAUAUUAGUAUUACAUGUACAAAGUUGAACAUUUCCGGUAUUCUUACCUUGUGAUAAAGAAGCAGACGAUCUUUUUUCCCAAUAAAUGACGUCAUUUCCGCUUCAAUGUAUCAGUAUUAGGUUAUACAACACAAACACUUUUAUGUAAGUUUUUGUGUAUUUUAGGAUGUGAGAAUUAUAUUUUAGAUAUUGUACCAAUUUACAGCAUGUCAGAUGUCCAAUAAAAUUUAUUGAAAAACAGA